UGGAGCCCUAGAGGAUCUGAUGAUCUCGACAAUAAUCACAUAUCUUCCUUUCGUCGGAAAGGUUCAAGAAUUCAGGGCUUUACAAAUGCACUUCGAUCAGGUGCUUUCAAUCAAAGACGAUCCUUUAAUCGUGGGGAUGAGAACAAGUCAUGCCGUAAAGGUGAAGCGAACAGGGGCUUUCGCCAUAUAUGGAGGGACUCCUCCAAAGGGCUCGGGACUAGAAGAGAGAGCAAAAACAAGUUCAGCCUUCUCCGAUUACAAGCUAAGGUGUUUGUUUUCUUCCAUUCCUUCUUCAAUAAUAAUGUUUAUCAGAGUUCGGGAAGAAAUCUGCUCACAUAUGGUUUAGUGUUGAAGCUAUUAAUUGGUUGGUAGAGAUUCUACCGAGACUUUCCAGCAAGAAUCCUUGGGCUUACACUAGAUUUGAGAAGCUUAGACAAUUAUUUGUUUCAUUUGGUUCAAAUAGUAGGGGAAAUUUUAUUAGAAUUUCGGAAUCCAAAGAGGAAGGUAGAACCUCAAUAUUUGUCCCUGUUGAAAUUCAAAACCCUUCCCUUUUUUGGCGAGAACUGGACAGUUUCUGUAGUAAGUUCUUUGUCACUCACGCGUCUAUGGGGGACUCUUUUGCCAUUCUUGAGAGCAGGACUGAAGAAGAGUCCCUCUUCCCUUUGUGUAGAUCCGGAAACCCUAUGCAUUAUUCAGCCAGAAAUCCCUUUAGAUACCUCAAAGAGCCAUGGAGGGGAAAAGAUAGCAUUUGCUCGCCAUUCUUUAGAGGAUUCGAGAGCCCUUACAGUUAUCCCAGAAUGGCGUGACCCACUCGUUAAUCUCGAACCCAACACUACAAUGAUGGAGGAUUCUGUUCAAUCCAUCACAGGCGCUCUUUUUCAAGAGGAUAUUAAGGAGUUUAGCCAUAAAGACUAUGCUUUUGACAUUUGCUGCAAGGGAGAUUUCCAUGAUGAAUUCAAACUCUUGGAGCCCAUAUUCAAUGACCACUUUGAAUCCCUGUUCAAGGAGACAGCUUGCUAUAUUAGGGAGGCUUUGACAAUUGGAUUGGUACGCAAUAAGCUGCAAGAGGGUCUUCUGAAAAAUGGUAGGGGUAAGGUGUUAAGAUUGACAAGGCAAGUGGCUAAGGGCAUUGAAGUAAUAGACUCAGUUAAAAUUAAGGGUACUAAGCACCCAGUGUACUUAAUUUAUGCAAAUGAGGACUCAUCAGUAAUCCAAUCAGUUUGUGGAGCUUUUUUACAGGGCUAUUAAGCUUCGUGCUUCAUUAUGGGCUUAGCUUCAUUUCUGCCUACUAUUCUGCUUUUUCUUGAAAAGCAACUCUCAGGUUUUUGGAGCUCCUUGAUUAUUUAAGAUUUAUUUCCAUUGUAUGAAAGCCCUCGAAUUUUGCUUGCCUGAUACAGAGGAGCCAGUCUCAUUUUGAUUUUGAAUCGAGUCGUUCAACAUCCUUCCUUUGGAGGCUUCUGGUACAGCUGAUUAGGCUUGGAAGUUGGGUGAAUACCAUGCUUCAAGGAUCAGUAAUUGUUGCCAUCUGCUCACCUUUAGUCCAGCUCACUUUUGGGAAG